AUGUCUGAAACAAUUGGAGUUAUUGGUGUUGGUCAAAUCGGUGGUACUGUUGCUAGAUUAGCUAUUGAUGCUGGCUACAAAGUUGUCUUGAGUAAUUCAAGAGGUCCAGAAUCUUUAUCAGGUGUCAUUUCAUCUCUUGGUGAGAAUGCCAAAGCUGAUACUUCUGCAAACAUUGCUAAAGAUGAAAACAUUAAUAUCAUUGUUCUUUCAAUCCCAUUAAAUGCUGUUCCAACUUUAUUACCUUCAUUAGGUUUGAAAAACAAAGUUAUCUUGGAUACUUCAAAUUACUAUCCUUUCAGAGAAGGUAAUUUAGAAGAAUUAGACUCAAACAAAUUGACUACAAGUGAAUAUGUCUUAAAAUAUUUGGAUUCUUCAAACAAAUAUGUUAAGAUUUUCAACAACAUUAUUUCUUUCCAAUUAAGAAGUUCAGCAACUCAAGAUGAAUCAAAACAAACAAUUUUACCAAUUGCUGGUGAUGAUGAAGCUAAAAAGGUUGCUAAUGAAUUUUCUAAGAAAAUUGGUUAUAAGACUUAUGAUGUUGGUCCAUUAUCCCUCAGUUGGAAAUUUGAACCAAAUACUCCAUUUUAUGUUGGUGCCUAUUUACCGCAACCACCAGAAGGUUCAGAUCAUGAAGCAUUGAAAACAUUCUUCAAGAAAACCCCAGCCAAUCCAUUAACCCAUGAACAAGCUAAACAAGUUAUUGAUGCUACUGAAAGACCAGCUGUUGUCGGUGGUAGUUUUGAAGCUACCCCAAAGUUCUUAUUGGAAAUCAUCACUGAAUUAUAUGCUGAAGAAGCUCAAGCUAAAGCCUCUGGUACUGCUAAAUUGGUUUUAUAA